GCAAAGCUGCGAGCCCGACUUCGCAGGGGCCCUGGCUGAGAGCGGCGCGAGCAGGCGCCUGGCCUUGGCGGCCGCCACAGCGCAGCUGGAGCGGGCCAUCGCACUGCAGAACCAGGCGGGCGUGCUAUUGGAGGUGGGUCGGCUGCGCCUUCUGCAAGCGCAGGCGGCGCAGGCGGCCCUCAAUUCGGAUGCCGAUGGCCAUCAGCAGGAGCCUGCUCGCUUCGUGAUGGCUGCCUUUGGGGCCUGGAUGAAAGCUCUAGGAAUUUGCCCGGAAGCUCUGUCUGGCAG